UUAAGAGUUUUGAGCUUUAUGUGGUAAUGGAAUAAAGCGUAGAGAAGAAAGUACUGUAGCAUCGCUUUUAAAAAUGGCAAAGACACUCAUCAGAUUACAGGCACCGAAUGUAACAAGCGCACUGACGUUCAUCGUGAUUUACAGCUCAAAUCAGCGGAUAGCUGAGGUAUAUGGCACAUAGAGCAUCAAAGGGACUCGCGGGCUUUGCCACCGCAUCAAAGACGUCCACGACCUGAACAAUACAAUCGCAAUAUGUCGUAUUUUAACACGUUAGAUGGGACCUGCUUGCCCAGAAACGCUCAGAAGCCUGAGCCAGCAGCUGCUGAGAGGUCAGGCUGGAUCGCUAACGAGGCGUUUUGCAUUCCCAGGCAUCUCGUGCAUCCUGUGCAUCUCUGGGUGGAGAAGACAAACAGCCUCUGGGAAGGAAAGAGGGACUCUCCUGGGAAAUUUUCAGCUGGACAGAGAGUCCUGUGCAUGACCACAGAAAGAAAGAAAUACUGAGGAUAUCUUAGUAGAGCUCUUUAAAUGAAGAAAAACGAGUAAUCCUGCUGUACUCUUCUAUUUGAGCUCAGUGAGCAUAGGCCAGGCACAGGGGAGUAGAGACCCCGGGCCUCAUCUCUUUAUCUCACCUUGAUACGUUUGGAAGACAAGUAACUGCUAAGCCUGCUGCAUAACUGACUACUGCGUGAGUUUGCUACCAGUGCUUGUUCCUCCCCACGUUCUCCUGGCAUCUCCGGAACUGUGUGCAUCGAGGCAGCAAUAACUCCUGCUCUGAAUAGCUUGAGAAGUGGAAUACAUGAAAGAUAAAACCACAAAUGGAAAACGUAUUUGGACGUGGCAUAUACACGUUUUCAUUCUGCAAACAGAAUGAUCUUUAUGCAGUUUAUACACAGUCCUGCCGCAGGGGUUGCAUUGUCUCUACUAGCAACUUUUAUAUGUUCACAUUUCAUAUUUUAAAAUGGCAAAUCUUCCGUUAUCUUGACACUGGGUAAUCAGGACAUGUUGAUUAGACUUAUAUAUGUUAACUGCUUGCAGUCCUGCAGCAUCAACCCUUUGCUGUGAAUAUAGAUCUUCAGUUUUAUGCAAGCAUGACGAGGAAGGUUCACAGUCAGGGAGUUUGCUAGUUGGCUGCAGAUGAAUAUAACACCAAGUGGAGCUUUGCUAAUUAUUGGUCAGCAAUUUCAACCAAGAACAAUAAGAAAGUCUCCUGCCUGGUGUUGGAUGGUGACCAGUGCCUCAUCCCAAAUGAAUCUCAGUAAUCCACAUAAACUACAAAAUUCUAACUAUGGUUCAAAGGGUGGCACUAGGCUUGUGACUACAGUGAAGCUGGGUAUGGUGAGUCUUUCUGGUGAACUUUCUACCUUGGUGCCGAUUUUCAUCUAGACUCAACAUUCCCACGAAGCCUGUCUUUUCUGUUGUAUGACAGGUUUGCUGCAGACCUCAGAAAGACAAAACAGGCUCUCGCUGUACGAUGCCACUUGUCACGUUGCGCAAGAGAUUGCUGAGAAAAUCCAGGAGCGUAACCGGUACCAAAGGAACGGUGAAAGUACAGCAAAGCUCAAUGUGAUAAUCAGAUCGUCACUGCAGAAUCUCAAAGAGAAGAUCGAUCAUCUGAAGGACUUACUGCUUCGGGCCAUAUCAACGCACCAAAUCACGCAGCUGGAGGGGGACAGGAGGCAGAACCUGGUGGAUGACCUUCUCACACGACAGAGGCAACUUCAGGCGUCUUAUAAGAAUGAAGGCACAGAACCGGAUGUGAUAAGGUCUAGCCUAAUGACUGGAGGGGUCAAACGAGGUGUAACCAACCCCUGGCUCCUGGAAGAAUCUGAGGAAACCAGAGGGCUUGGAUUUGAUGAUAUCAGGCAGCAGCAGCAAAGGAUCAUACAAGAACAAGAUGCUGGGCUUGAUGCUCUUUCUUCAAUCAUAUCCCGGCAAAAGCAAAUGGGGCAAGAAAUUGGGAAUGAGCUGGAUGAACAGAAUGAGAUCAUUGAUGACCUCACUAACUUGGUUGAAAACACGGAUGACAAGCUUCGCAAUCAAACACGGCACGUGAAGAUGGUGGACAGAAAAUCGACUUCCUGCGGAAUGCUGGUGGUGAUUGUCUUGCUGCUGAUUGCGAUUGCUGUGGUUGCCGUCUGGCCAACAAAAUAAAGCAAAUAUGGGGCGCACUCAAGCUGCUGUUCAACAGCUGAGCGUGGAAGGCUCCAGAGAAGAGACCAACUUUGUGCAAAGACCUUCCGUGUUUUAAAUAAACUCACCAGUAUUAGAAUGAAGCUGUGUCCCACAGACAUCCGUUCCCUCAUUCAGGGCACAGCUGAAGAGUGCUGCAUGAUUGCAGGGGUUGAACUUGAGGAGGACUCUCUUCCUACCUUGAUUUAGUAUUUCAGGAGGAUGCAGCUGGCUGUAAAGUAGAUACACUUCUCAGUGCAUCCGCAUCUAAGCAAGCGAUCGUUAUUGGUGUGCUGUCUGCCUGGCCCACUCUUUCUUCUGUUGAACGGUCGGUUGUUUUGAGGGUUUUAAAUACUGUCGGCUGUUAAUGCGGGGGUUUGGGAGUACAUAAGUGGAGUUCCUGUGCUUUCUGACAUCUGUCUUUGGAACGAAGAUGCUUACAUUUCUUGAGGAAUGAAUGUUUUGGGCAGUGCAUUUGACUUGACUCCUUCAAGAUGGAAAUCCAGAGAGCACACGUAGCCCUAAAGUGAAAAGCCUGAUGACCAGAGUAUAGGAACCCAGAUGAAUUGCACAAAAACAGUCACGAAUGAGUCAGUCUUUGGCUGUUGUGGGGAAAUUAUCAGUGUUGAUCUCCGCAGAUAGAAAUGUAAACAGCGUUGGGUCUUAAACACAGCCAGGUGCAUAAGAGCGGAAAGCGUUGCCCAAAAUGCGCUCAUAAGGCAGGAGUGCCUCUCUGCGUGCUCUGCCUUGCUCUGGGGGAGGCUUUCCCAGCCAGCUAACCGCAGGAGAUGCGCUACUAUUGAUGUGCUAAUCUCGGUGAUCGAGAUCUGCCUCUUUCUUUUAUAACUUUUCACAAACUGUUAAAACCAAAAGGAAGAUUUAACUAUUGAAAAGCUAACAAAAAAGAAGCAUCAAACGCUAACUUCUGGCCAGAAAAAAUCAUUAUUUUGUUACAUGCGCCAAUUUGAUUGUCAGAAUUGAUAGAGCAAGCAAUAACAACAUUGAAUAAAAGCUGAACCGUUUAUAUACAA